AUGGCCGCCGACGUGUUCAUGCGGCCGGCGCGGCUCCUCGGGGCGGCGGGGCCGCUGUCCCCCCGCACCGAGCCCGACGAGGACUCGUCGGACACGGACGAUGGCGGGGCCUCGCCGGGCGGGGGGCGGCGGUGCGGGCCGCGCCGGGGGCAGCCCCCGGGCCCGCAGAUCAUCCACUCGGGGCACUUCAUGGUCUCGUCGCCGCACAGCGAACACCCGCCCAAGAAGGGCUACGACUUCGACACGGUCAACGAGCAGACCUGCCAGACCUACCAGUUCGGGGCGGCCCGCGGCGGCGGCGGCGCCGGCGGCCGCCUCAGCAUCGACGCGUCCCUCACGAAGCUGUUCGAGUGCAUGUCCCUGGCCUACAGCGGAAGGUUGGUUUCACCAAAAUGGAAAAAUUUUAAGGGACUGAAACUUCAGUGGAGAGAUAAAAUCCGUCUCAAUAACGCCAUCUGGAGGGCCUGGUACAUGCAGUACCUGGAGAAGCGCAAGAACCCCGUGUGUCACUUUGUGACUCCGCUGGACGGCUCCGUGGACGUGGACGAGCAUCGCCGGCCAGAGGCCAUUGCGACGGAAGGGAAAUACUGGAAGCGAAGAAUCGAAAUAGUCAUCAGGGAAUACCACAAGUGGAGAACAUACUUCAAGAAAAGGCUACAGAAACACAAAGAUGAAGAUCUUUCAAGUUUGGUCAGGGACGAUGACGUGGUUCUCUGGCAAAAGAGAAGGUAUGGCAGGGAAACCCCAGUCCCUAUGGAGGAAGGCAGCCUGUUGGAUGCAGACAUGCUCAUGUCCGAGUUCACCGACACUCUCUUCUCCACACUGUCUUCACAUCAGCUGGUUUCCUGGCCAGAUUCCAGGGACAUAGGACACUUAGGAAAUGCUGAUAUGAUUCAACCAGGGCUUAUUCCUCUCCAGCCAAAUUUUGAUUUUAUGGAUACUUUUGAGCCUUUUCAGGAAUUAUUCACGCCCAGUCGCUCCAAUAAUUAUUUCCCUUCUGCGUCCGCUGUCAGCUCAGCCACGACAGACAGCAGCAGCCACUCCUCCCAGUCUCCUGUCCUGCCGUCGGGGUCGUUGCCCAACACUCUUCCAGCAGGGAACAUCGAUGAUGGACUGAUUGCUUCCUCAGUACCUACUCCCGUCAUUCCUGACGUUGGCACUGACCAGUGUUCCACCAUUAGAAGUGGGGGAUCUUUCAUCCAGCCUCCGGACUUCCCUCCGGACUCGUCUCUCAGCGGGCCACAAACUUUCAUGCCAGUGUUCCAGCCCCCCCUGCCGCUGCUCCAGCCUGCGACUGCGCAGCACCAGUCCCCGCUGCCGGCGGUGCCUCUGAGCUCCAACCUGAGCUCUGCCCCGGCUGCCUUUGCUGCACCAGAAACCCCCAAGUUUGGGCUCUGUGACUCCACGGUGAUCACACACACGGCCUCUGCCACGCUGACCCACAACGCCCCCGCCACCACCUUCAGCCAGAGCCAGAACGUCGUCCUGGCCACGCAGCAGCCGGGGGUGGGAGUGCCUUGUAACCUGGCUUUCCAGACUGCUGUUGUGCAGGGCCAGCCCCGGCCCCAGCUCCAGUCCCAGCUGACAUUUGCACUCCCCAAAGCUGUUCCUCUGGCCAGUGCUGGGACAAGGCCCAAACAGUCACAAAAAAUAGUGCCUACUCCGAAGCCUGAAACAGUGUCCUUAUUGGUAAAGAAUGCCUUCAUCACCCCAGCUGCCUUUCAGGGACAGUCCAGAGCUGUGAUUGUAACUCCAGCACCUUUAAAAAGAGAGGGGAUUUUGACGCCAGCCACGUCUCAGUCUAAUGUUGCAAUUGCACCAGCUGGAAUUGUCAGAGCUCCCGGGGUGACGGAGUUCCGUAGUAACAUUCUGGUUGGUCCAGCACAGCGAGCACCAAGUAGCCAACAAAGCCAGUCCACAGUCUCACAUCUCUUCUCUCCUAGUGUAGUCCAGGAUGUGUUGGUGAAAGGAGAGCACAUCCCUUCCCACAGUUGCAGUUCACAAGUUCCCUCACCUACACCCAGCCGGGACUGCCAGAAUUCAGGCCAAGCUUCCCCGUGCACCUCUGAGCAGAGCCCCAGCCCUCAGUCUCCUCAGAACAGCUGCUCAGGAAAACCUGCCACGGACCCCACUAUGGCUGCGUUUAAGAAUCGAAGGAUGAAGCAUCUGUCGGAGCAGAAGAGAAGGGUGAAUAUCAAGAUUGGUUUCGAUGCCCUGAGCAGUUUGGUGUCAGCCAACUCCAAGUCGAUCAGCCAUGCAAUCACACUCCAGAAGGCAGUAGAAUAUAUCGCUAAGCUGCAGCAGGAAAGGACCCAGAUGCAGGAGGAAACCAAGCGCCUGCGGGAGGAAAUCGAGGAGCUGAACGCCACGAUCAUUUCCUGUCAGCAGCAGCUCCCGGCCACCGGGGUUCCCGUAACGCGCCAGAGGUUUGACCACAUGAGGAAGAUGUUUGACGAGUACGUGAUGAGCAGGACCCUGCAGAACUGGAAGUUUUGGAUUUUCAGCAUUAUUAUUAAGCCAUUGUUUGAGUCCUUCAAUGGGAUGGUUUCCACAGCAAGCUUUAAGGAUCUGAAUGAAACUGCACUGGCCUGGUUGGAUCAGCACUGUUCUCUUCCUGUUCUGAGGCCAAUGGUGCUGAACACCCUCCGGCACCUCAGCACAACCACGUCGAUCCUGUCGGACCCGUCGCGCCUGCCGGAACAAGCCACGGAGGCCGUGAUCAAACUGAACAAGAGAGCUGGAGAAACCUAACAACCAAAGACACUGAGGUGCUUGUCCAAGGGGUGCAGAACCUGCCAGCCCCAGCCUGGUGAGGCUCCUGUCAGCCUGUGCACUUUAGAAAGGGUUCUCUCCAUCGCCCCGAUCGCUCGGGGUGUCCGGCUCUGCCUUCAGCCGACGUGCAAAGCGACGCAACGUUGUCAGUGACCCAGCGUUGUCCCAACGUUCUGACCCCUCUCCAGUGCUGUGCUGGCUCCGUUCAGUGAGAAAAACACCAAGCUCAGGUAAACUCAGCAGGUUUGAGUCCUGCAGGCAGCAAUAUGUCUCCAUCAAUGCAGCAUUUUCAUCUGUAUGCAACAGAUCUCUAAGAAACACCUUCGAGUACUAAACUCUCUGAAGGGUAAAUCCUGUACACCGAGGAAUGUGCUCUUCAAGGGGAAAAUACUUUUGAUUUUAUGAAGCGAAACGUGCUCUUUAUUUUGUUUUCUGGUGUUCAGUUCCAUUUGUUUUACUUGAAUAGUGGAAAUUGUUAAGCAGGAUCACACGACAAAACCAAAGGAGAAGAAAAAUCCGUCAGUGAUGUCAUGGCAAAAAUCCUAGAAUUAAAAUCUCAGGCUGUGUUUUGUGUCUUUUUUAUUUUAAUGAGUGUGUCAUUGCAUAUGAUCAGUUUCCUGACGUGCUUUAUUUUCUAGUAAAUAAAGUAGCUGAUUUUUAUUCUUUUUCCUGAUACAGCCAUUGCAAGGGGGCAGCAGGCUGUGCAGUAAGUGCAAGAAAGCAGGUUUAGAUUGCAGAAAUUCUCCAAUUAGGAUAAAUUUAUGAAUUUCAUACCAGUUUAAUCAAUGAGCUGUUUGCUUGCACUCUGCACAGUUCAGCUGCCAUCCUCACAAAAUGUGCACAUAUAAAACACACCCAUAGGCAAACGUAGUAGCACUUCAGAGGCAAGAAUUGAGUUUGUAAGGGGGAGAAAUUGGCUUUUUUAUUAUCUCAGAAAACUAUAUCAAACCACACAGACUUGUAGUCAGUUUUUUGCUUCUCUGUCUUCUUUUCUUCUUUUUGCUUUCUACCUGAAAAACCUGAAGGACUUUGCUAAACCUGGUGUGUAUGGGAGGGUUAUGUUCAGCAUGAAUUAUAACACAUGUAAAAAUAUAUUAAAAGCUCAAAAACACUGCAUAACGUUUUUCUGUUGGAGUCUCAGCACAGACUGUGCUCUGCUGCAGAUAAACUGAGUUACAGCAGGAAUGGUCCAUCCUGAGACAGCACUGGAAUAGUCAUUCCAGCUGAUAGUUCAUAGUCUGGAAUGAUCCUGUGACCCUUGUAAUUCCACUCCUGGCUUGACUCUGACUCUUCAGAGCUAUGCAAACUGUGGGGAUCUCUUCCCUCCUCCCUCCUCUGAGCAGUUUUCUUCCAGUUCCAAGAUCAGGCUGCUGGAGGUGGUCUGCAGCCUCUCCCAGUGCUAAAAUGAGGAGCAGCUGGAACAUCUGAGGGUUGCACACUCUGAAAUGCACUCAGGGGGUCCUCCUUGGGGGAUGGAGUUUUUCUCAGCCUUGUCCCCACUGUCCUCCACUUGGUGGGCCAAAAUCUGAAAGGAAACAAGAAUCCUGGGGAGUGGAACUAAGCACAGGGGGUGGGGUUGGUUUUAAUUUU